AUGGCAGCAACAUCUCUUCGGGACUUUUCCCGACAGGUGAAAGCCAUCACCAAGAAGAACCUCGUUCUCCUAGUCACACGGCACUGGAUAUCGACUCUUCUUCAAUCCAUUGUGGCUCCUAUCGUCGUUCUCGCCCUCGUACUCAACAUCCGAAACUUUGCCAAAAGCAGGGAACGCCUGGGGGUCGGCCAUGCUCGUCCUAUUCGUGCCCUCGCCGAAGCCAUACCCGCUUCACAACAAUUAAUUCUUGUCAGACCUGAUUUUCUCGGCUCUGAUGUCGACACGGUCAUCGACAGACUCGCCGCCUCGCUACCCAACGACAAGACCAUUCGCUUCAACUCGGCUAAUGAAGCCAGAGGCCACUGCACACCCAACUUUCGAGGAGUGUCCAACUGCUACGCAACUAUCGUCUUCAAAGAUUCACCGCUGACAAUGGGCAUUUCCAACAACCAAACAUGGGACUACACAGUCAUCGUCGACCCCAUACGCCACUACGGUAUGACUCUCGACAGCAGCGUGUAUGACGAUGAUAGUGCCAUCCAAAUAUACCAUCUACCUGUCCAGCUUGCUGUCGACAAUGCUAUUACCGAUAACAAUGAGAGACCGAGGGAGUGGGCAUACAGCCGGACGUCCCAGCAGUACCUCAACGACAACCUUGACGCUUGGUAUUCCAGAUUGGUCAUCGGGACCUACGCCAUUGUCUUCUUCCUCAGCACACUUGUCCCUGUUUACCAUACUGUGAGCUUCGUGUCGGGCGAUAGGGCGAGUGGCACGGCAGAGUUGAUCGAUGCCAUGGGAGGAGGUCCGGCUGGCCGUGUCACCGGUACCAUACUUGCACUGAGUGUGGUGCAGUUUCCGACAUGGCUUAUCUCUGGGUGUCGUAAGUCCUGUUCAAACAACUGCGUGAGAGGCUGCGAGAGAAGUACAGUUCCCAUCUUCUGGCAGCUUUUCAAUGGUCUGGCCUUCCUCAACGCUGCCAUUUUUGGUGCCUCUUUUUUCACGAAGCGUAUCAUCUCUAGCAUAUUCGUCAUCAUCUGUUUCUGUUGCCUCGGAGGCGGUGCCGCCAUCAUGUUGAAUCGGGUCGCCGAAACGCCACAGGUGCUUCCUCUGUCGCUGUUGUUCCCUCAGAUGAACUACAUCUUUUCCCUGUCACAUAUGGCCAAGUUUGCUUAUACCGCUCAGCCUGUGAACAUGUCGCAAGCCAUCCUGACAAUACCUCAAGAAUGGAAUGGCCAGCCAAUUCCGGGUGGGAACUAUCAGGUCGCCCUUUGGACAUUCUGGGUUUUCUUGGUGAUCCAAAUCAUGGUCUAUCCCAUCCUGGCCAUCAUCACCGAGCGGAUCAUGCACGGUACCAACUUCAAAAAUCGGACACUGUCUGAGGCGGCUGAUGACCCAACUGUUGCUAUUCGAGCAACUGGUCUCACCAAAGUCUACUCUGGCUCGUGGAUCAGGAGACUGUUUGGCUGCGGUCAGAGAGGCAAAACCUUCAAAGCUCUCGAUGGAGUUGACUUGGUCGCGCCAAAGAAUCAAAUACUAUGCCUCCUUGGUGUCAAUGGGGCAGGCAAGUCUACGACUCUAGACUUGCUAUCGGGGGCUGGAGCACCAACGGCAGGAUCAAUCACUAUUAAUGCUCGUCACCCUCGACUCGGCGUUUGCCCGCAGAGAAAUGUCUUGUUCAACCGCCUUACAGUCUUUGAGCAUGUCCAAUUUUGGCGCGAGCUCAAAGGCGGACUUGAAGACAAACGAGCGCUUCAUGACCUCAUCGCUGCCUGCGACCUGACCAAGAAGACACACUGUCGGGCUGGCACGCUGAGCGGCGGUCAGAAAAGAAAGCUUCAGCUCGCCUGCAUGUUCGUUGGUGAUACGACUGUCUGUAUGAUGGAUGAGGUCACAACCGGUUUAGACCCUGUUUCUCGACGGACUAUCUGGAACAUCAUUCUGGCUGAGCGUUCCAAGAGAUCGAUGGUCUUCACAACUCAUUUCCUGGACGAAGGCGAGGUUCUCGCUGAUCAGAUCAUCAUCCUGUCCAAGGGCCAGAUCAAAUGUCGAGGCACCGGAACCGCUCUCAAGAAUCAGCUCGGCGGGGGGUAUCGGGUGAGCAUUCCCAUGGGUGGAAGCACGAUGGCGGACAAGCUGGACCUCGAUGCGCCAAGAGGCAUCCAUCAAGACCGGAUUCUCUACAAGACACCCGACUCCAAGUCCGCCGCUCAGUUGAUCGCCAGACUGGAAGCAGCAGGACAGACUGACAUCCAGGUUGCCGGACCGACAGUAGAGGAUGUGUUUCUCCGGGUUGCCCAAGACGAUAUCGCUGCGGUUGAAGAGGACGGCAAGAAGGUUUCAAGAACAGCGGUCGACAUCGAGAAGACGGCAUCAUUCACACCGGCACAACAAUAUCAACAACUCAGCUUCGGCCAGCGCCCAACUUUCUUUCAACAAGUCCGCGCGCUUCUCCUCAAACGCCUUCUCAUCAUACCCCGAUAUUGGAUUGGGGCUUUCCUCGUUCUUGCUCUUCCGAUAGCCUGCAUGCCCCCGAUCAACGGGUUCAUCGCCCAGGACUUCACCCGGCCGGGCUGCAAGAAUCUAUACGCCGAACUCCAACCCUCGCAACAGUUCGAUCCUUAUGUUUCCCCUGUUUACAUGACAAGCUCCACUGGCCUGAGCUCGGCCAUGGGCCCGAGUUCGUUCACAGACACCUUUUAUACUGUCCUCAGGGACUUUCCCAUCGGCAACCCCCCCGCCCCUAACAUCAGCGACCAGUAUCCCGUAUGGAGUGAGCCCUAUUCUAUUGAUCAAUUUGGCGACGACUGGCAACAGAUGACGCACUGGGAAGACUUUUCGGCCUACAUCCACCUGGCACAUGCCAGAGGCUUUUCUGGUCAUUGGAACACAAAAGCGUUGUGGAUGGGUGGAGACGGUGAGCCCAGCCCGACGCUGGCCUGGGCAAUCGAGAAUGCACAACACCCCCCUAAUAUAAUGGCGCUUUUGAACUUGUAUUCUUCGGUGAGGAGCGGGGUCAAGAUCCGAGUCUCGACAUCGGCGGAGCCGUUUUAUGGCGGGGGCUAUGGUGAUGGGAGUUGGACGUACAUUCUCUACGCCGCGUUCAUCUUCACGGUGUACCCGUGCUUCUUCGCGCUGUACCCGGCCUUUGAGAGGUCGAGCAAGGUCAGGGCGCUACAGAUUUCGAACGGGGUGCGGCCGCUGCCGAUGUGGACGGCGUACUUUUUGUUUGAUCUGUGCUUUGUUUUGGUGGUGUCGAUUGCGUACACUGUGACCAUUUCGAUGCAGUUUCCGGUGUGGUUUGGGCCGGAGUACAUGUUCAUUAUAUGUCUUUUGCAUGGCAUCACGAGCAUCUUCGUCAGCUACAUUGUGUCGACGUGGGCCGAGUCUCAACUGUCGUCGUUUCUGUGGGCACUGGGAUUCAACUUGCUGGCGUAUUUUGGGCUGGCCGAUCCGCUUGUUGUACAACGAAAUGCCGACAUUAUCUCCCAUGUUCUGGGCAUCUUCUUCCCAGCCGGCAGUUUGUUUCGCGCCAUGGCCGUCGGAUGGAAUUUGUACCAGCUCGGCUGCCGCGGUGAUUCGGACUUUCAAGCACCUGCUGGAUCGUGGUGGGGGUACGGCUUUCCCAUCUGCUACCUCGUUCUUCAGGUGAUUGCCUUUGCCUUCAUUCUCUGUGUUCUCGACAAAGACCUCUCUCUUUCUUUGAUGCCCUCACGGAAAGAGAAGACUUCACCCGUGACCGACAACACCGCUGCAACACUCCCCUCCCACCAAGAAGCAAAGCUGCAGCCCAGCCUCAACUCCACCCCUGCCGAAAAUGAGCUCCUUUCCAUCUCCCACAUCAGCAAAUCAUUCGGCACCAACACCGCCGUCUCCGAUGUAACUUUCUCCCUCUCCCAGGGCGAGAUCAUCGCCCUCCUCGGUCCCAACGGAGCAGGCAAAACCACAGUCGUCAACCUCAUCCGCGGCGAACUCGCCCCCGACAGCGGCCAAGUCUUCCUCCGAGGCGAGGACAUCUCCUCCUCUUCCUCGGCCAAAUCAACCAUCAACUCCGCCAUCGGGGUCUGUCCCCAGUUCGACGCCUUGGACCUCCUCACCGCCCGCCAGCACCUCCGCUUCUACGCCAAAAUCAAGGGCAUCCCCCCCAGCGAGACCGAACUCAACGUCACAGAGGUGAUGAACCAAGUUGGCUUGGCCCCCCACGCGGAUAAGCUUGCCACCAAGCUCUCCGGUGGAAACAAGAGGAAGCUGUCGUUGGCUAUCGCUCUGAUGGGCAACCCUGCCGUUUUGGUGCUCGACGAACCGAGCAGCUCCAUGGACGCAGCCGCCAAGAGGAAGAUGUGGAAGGUGCUUAGCCAUAUCGCUUCUGCACCUGGAAGGUCGCUGCUGUUGACCACGCACAGUAUGGAAGAGGCUGACGCGUUGGCUACGAGGGCGGCGAUUUUGGCUGGGGGAAAAUUACUCGCGUUGGGAACGACGGAGGAGCUGAGACGGGAAUAUAGUGACAGUGUUUGUGUCCAGCUGGUCCUCAGGUCAGCACCUACUCCUACCCAGAAAGAAGUCGAAACGGUGGAGCAAUGGGUGAGGGGGCAGUUUGGAGAGGGGACGGUGUUUGAAGGUCGGAGCUUGGGCGGGCAGGUGAGGUUUGUAGUGCCCAGUUUGUUUGUUUCGGCGGCGCCUUCCAGGGUGGCGACUGUUACUGGCAAGGACGAUGAGCGGGAUAGUGUCUCUGCCGUGAGCAGCAAGACGGAGCAGCAGGUUGUGAAGGGGGGGGUGGGGAGGUUGAUUGAGCUGAUUGAGGAGAGCAAGGAAAGGUUGGGGCUGGAGGAUUACACUGUGGGCGCGCCGACGUUGGAGAGGGUGUUUUUGAGUGUGGUGAGGGAUAAUUUUGUGGAGGAGGAUGGGAAGGUGAGGGUGCCGUUUUGGAGGAGGUGGUUUGCGAAGGCUGCUUGA